AUGGUUUUAUGCGCGAAAAUCCAUUGUGAAAGAACUAACUGUAAAUAUCACCAAAAAUGCUUUUCUGGCGAAAUAUGCAAAAAUGGAGGAUUUUGCAUUGACAAUACAAACCUGUGCCUGUGUCCCCCAGGCUUUACAGGUCCUCAAUGUCAAAAUGACAUCAACGAAUGUUCUCACGUGGUACCACGCUGCAAGAAUAAUGGGAUUUGCCAUAAUACUCACGGAGGCUUUACCUGUGAAUGUCAAAAUGGAUUCCAUGGAACAUUAUGUGAAAUUCCAAAAUCAUUGUGCCACGAAAACUACUGUCUUUUCAAUGGGUUAUGUACAGAACAAGAUCAAGUUCCGGUUUGUCACUGCCAGCCAGGCCGAAUUGGGCAUCGCUGCCAAAAUAUAGACACAUGUUCGGAAUCAAAGAGCCAUUGCCCUAUAAAUACAAUCUGCUCUUUAAAUUUGAGUGAAAAUAAGGUCGAGUGUCUUCCAUUGGUUAAAAAUCAACUCGAAGGAAACCAACUAGUCCCAACCACGACGGUCCCUUGCCUUGACUGUAAAAACGGAAUCUGUUUGAACGGAAAAUGUCUUUGCAACUCGAAUUAUUACGGCAAGAGCUGUGAAUACAGUCAGGACCUGUCCAAAACUCGUUGUGAGAAUGGAGGGGUAUUCCUGACUACAAGAAAUAGAUGUCUAUGCCCUAUAGGAUUUGUAGCACAAAUCAACAAAUCUGAUCGGAUUUGUAUGAAAGGCUAUAAAGGAGAGGAUUGCUCAGUACAAAUCGACAACUGCAGCCCCAAUCCUUGUCAAAAUAACGGAACAUGCAUAAAUCAUGUCAAUUCCUUUACUUGUCAAUGUCUCUCUCAGUAUACUGGUCUUCACUGCGAACAAAUAGAACAAAAAUACUCAAAAAGUUCAUUUCCCAUAGGAUUCAGAGGAGAAAACUACAAAAAAUCCAUUUUGGGGAAAUGUCUGGUCAACCCCUGCGAGAACGGGGGAGUGUGUAUUUCCCAAAAUUUGUCACAUUUUGGAAAUUUGGCCAUAAAAAACAAAUUCCACUGUUUUUGUGUUCCCGGAACACGUGGAAUAUUAUGUGAACAAUUCGCUUUUGAUCUGUGUCUGUCCAAUCCUUGCAAAAACGAAGGAACUUGUGUCCAAAUAUCACCUACAAAAACCGUCUGCAAAUGUCGACCCUUUUUCUUUGGACGAUACUGCGAGGCCUCCACAGUCGACUGUCGAUUUGCUGACUGUUUCAUGCCAUGGACAGAAAAAUGUGUUUUUACAUCAAAUUCAAAAAAAACUACGUGUAUUUGUCAUGAAGGAUAUUCUGGAAAUCAGUGUUCUUUCCGUAACCAAGAUUGUCCGACGGGGAGUUGUGAUUUUUGUCCUCUUCACUGUCAAAAUAGGGGGAAAUGUCGGACAAAUUUCGAUGGACAUUCGUUUUGUGACUGCCCCCAAAAUUAUUAUGGAGAAUUGUAUUAA